AUACAGUAUAUAGACGGCAUACCUGUGUAUACCUGCAUACCUGAGCCAACCUGACUAUGCAUUGCACUCAUUAUAUAUACAUAUAAUAGACAAACAUUUAGGAGUUCAACACAACAGCACUAAAAAAGGAUUGGCCGAUAAAUCGGACACUUAUUGUGAUCCGCGAUGGCCUCAUCACCAGCACACCAGACACCGACCUAUUCGGUCGAACAUUUGGCCACUUUCUCGACGACAUCACCUCAACAACAACAGACAACACCGAAGAUGGCAUUACAGCGAUUGUUUGCAAUGGAGAAGACCUCAGGAAUUUGGACGCAGAGAAUGGCAUUACAAUUGAAGGGCAAUCAUAUGUGGAUAUUGGAUGGCGAGUCCAAUGAUGUUGUCGAACGGUUUCCCGUUUCACUCAUACAAAGUCCAACCCCUUUCAACGAUCACAACCAUAUUUAUAACAAUAUCCUUAUAUUUACCGUACAAUUACCUAAUGAAAAUCAAGGCGAAUUGCAUAUAUUUCAAUGUGUUUCACACAAUGCCAUACAAAUUGUUGAAGACAUCCAACAAUGGAUGAGACAUUAUGGAGCUAACAAUCAUAACGAAUCCUCAGCACAGCCUAAUGUCAGUGUCAAAGAGACUGUUAAUGUAUUCAACAAAAUCGCUGCACAACGAGAAAUAAAACCAUCCUCACCUACCGGUGAUGGCCAGACACGGCUUAUUGCCAAUUAUGAGCCCGACUCCCGAUCCAUAACAACCACCAGUUCUAUAGAUUCUAGCCAUCAUAAUGGUACCAACAGAACCGGUAGCCACGAUCAGUCGUUAAAUAACGAAAGAUAUGUUUCAAUACUUAAUCAUUGUUUUGAUGACAUCGAGAGAUUUAUUAUUCGUUUACAACACGCGGCCGCAGCGCUCCGGGAGCUGCAGCUCCGUAAUCAUAGGAGACAAGGUAAAGGUGCCGCACAUGCGGGAGAUGGACUGUUGGCUAUGAGAGCCCGCGGGCCAAAUGAAAGUGAAUUUUUUGAAAUUUUAAGCAAAUUUAAAUUGGCUUUCAAUCUAUUAGCCAAACUUAAAGGUUGUAUUCACGACCCAAAUGCACCCGAAUUGGUUCACUUUCUGUUUACUCCGUUGGCGAUUAUCAUUGAAGCGGCGAGAAGUAAUGAGCCACCAAUUGAUCCGUCCAUUGUUGGAGUACCGUUUCUUAACUACGAAGCCAUUGAUUUACUUUCAAACUGUUGCACCAGCAAAGAGUUUGAUUUAUGGCAAUCAUUGGGUCCAAAUUGGGUUCAACCUAUUAAACAUAAUACAAGACAUAGCUCCUCCUAUCAACCAGUCUUUACCGAUGGUUGGGCUCCUAACAUAACAGAGCCUGAAUUAAUAGGCAUUGCAUCCGAAUCAGAACAGGAGGACGACUCGAUUCAAUUACAUAGAGAUGAAUCUAAUUUCAGAAACAGAAGAGAUGUCAAUUCAAGAGAAUAUCAAAGGGGACCGCAAUUUGAUGACAGCGAUAUUGACGACAAUAUUAUUGAUGGCAGACAUAUUCAACAUAGAAUAUCGCCAUCGACCUCAUCGCACGCAACACGUGUUGUUCGUGGCAAUACACCUCCUUCUCCUAUUGACUCCAUUGAACGCGAUUCACCUACAGUUCAGGUCAAUGAAUUAGAUCAGUCCGAGUGGUUGGCAGAGUUGACCGCCAGGAAUGCCAAAAUAGUUCGGGUACUGUUCCCCCGCACCGCCAACAAUGAUAAAGAACUGACUGUCAUUAGGGGAGAAAUAUUAGAGAUAUUAGAUGACUCAAGGAAGUGGUGGAAAGCUCGUAAUUGGAGGGGACAGGUAGCACAUGUACCCCAUACUAUUGUAAGCGAAAUUCCCAUACAUAUGACCAAUGGAAGAGACCGACAUUUAGGCAGUUCCUCACCAAAUGAUGAUUGGGUUCGACGUGAAAGACAAGUAAACGAAAGUCGUCAACAAAACGGUAUACAAGAAGUGCACAAACAUAACCACAUUAAUCAAACGAGGUCACCGGAUAAUGAGUCACCACUUGAUGAACAAAACCAAUUAAUUUUAGACAACAAUCAAUUUAAAAGCAAAGUUGAAUUAAAUAGACAAUUGAAUGAAUCGUUCAAAAAUAUAUCGGUUAAUAAACAAAACGGUUUUCCUAAACGAGUCGAAAGUCUAGACUCGGAUCGGGUGAGUGUCCAGAGUCAGGUCAGUACGAUUAGCUUUCAGGACGAACUGUCCGCUACAUUAACUCGAAGGAAAAAUGGCACCAAAAACACAAUUAUUACUUCAGAUGAACCUAAAAGAAAUAGCACUGAAAAAAGCAGUGAAUUGACAACAAAUGAGAGCAAAGAGCUGACACUUCCAACACUUAUUGAACACUUGCACCGCAAGAACUUUCAUCCGAGACUUAUAUCAAAACUUACCGAAUACUCGCGCAACUGUCCAAAUGCUGUCCACUUCUUCAUUACGGCCACUAAACAACAACUUCGAGAUAUAAUACCCACUGAUGUUGCGGAUGAUAUGGCUGUACAGAGACUUCACAGCAAUCUAUUAAUCGUUAAAAAUUUGCACUCUUACGCUCCAAUUAAUGCUGAAUUGAAUAGCAAACUAAAGGAAAGGUUGACUUUAUACGAUCCCCAACCGGUCACUGAAAAUUGACCACAAAGUGCCACAAUUUUUCAUCUUAUAUUACAAUAAUACAGU